CACGCACGUCUACAUGCGCUCUAGACUUUGGGCUCGUAGGGUGCAGAGGGGGAGGGGGCAACGGACACACGUAUUGUACGAGAUCGCGAGAGGCCGCCUCAGACACACACGCGUCGACGUACAUGCAGCGCGUCUUCUCCGAGCACAGUUAACCGCCGCACACGACCGCACGAACACGGACGAGCGCACACCACAUCUGCCGGACGCAACUGCUGCUGCGAUCGAUCGUCCAGCGCCCGACCCGGUCCCGUAGCACGUUCACGCACCACCUGUGGCACGUCGCCGACCUAGCACCGACCACACGCCGGGUUACCGCGGUAGCGGACGGAGCACGACAGCGGACAGCCAACAGCGAAGUUAACACCCGCGCACAGCCCGUCACCACCGACGACGCCGUCAUGAUUGCUGCCGGCGCGCGGGUCGCACUGACCGUGGUCACGAUAUUCGCAUGGUUCGCCGCAGGUCAAAGAAUAACAACAAUUCAGUUGGAUGGUACUCAAUAUUACAUAAGCAGAAUGAAUCCAUAUUCAGCAGAACUCAAUUACUUUUUGGCAUAUGAAUACUGUAGAUCAAUUGGAUUGCAGUUGGCUUCAUUUGAAACGCUAGAAAAAACUAAUUCCAUAUCGGACUUUUUGAGAAACGCAGGUUAUAACAAGUUUGAUUACUGGACGUCUGGAAAUCGCUUGGGUACUGACAUGCUUAUUUGGAUGUCUACCGGUCUACCGUUUAACACGACUUUCAAUCAGAUGAAACGUCCUGGAAGUCCAGAAAACAACGGUCUGGAUAAUGAUGACUUGAAAAUGAACGCGAGGCCGGAAUUGCCCAUAGCAAGGAAAAAGAGAGGCGAGAGCGGUUCCAGGGAUGGAUGCGUUGCGAUUAAAGCUCCUAACAUGGACUGGGUGACAGCUGACUGUACUGAUCUGAAAGAUUUCAUUUGCGAGCAGACCAGGUGUUACUAUUACAAUUAUGGGUCCAUUCCAGUGUCCUCCAGCCAGGGUUUUGGUUACAAACAAAAACUGACGGCAGCUCCACCAUCACUUUACUCAACUUUAUCUUUGAAGGGAAACGCCACCAAUUCUACCACUCCUAUUGUAACUACCACCUCUAAUUACCUUUCUUCUUCUGUUCUGACCACUACCACUCCAAGCUCUACCUAUCCUCCCACCGUCCCAACCAAUCCUACCAUCACCUCGACCACUACAACUACCACCACGGCAGAUAGCUAUACGGACGACACUUCUAGGGCUGCGGAGCUCGAACCCGAAAUAACUUUGACUACCCAAGGUCCGUGGGAAGACUCGUCGGUAAGCACUACUGAACAGCAGAUAUUCCAAGAGUCACAAACGUACGGUGAACAACCGAUCAACGAACACGCGGAUGAACAGUCGACCAACAACGAACGUGUGGACGGUCUGCAGCCACAAUACACCACUGAGUUGCCAACACUUAUCCAGAUGCACAACCAACAGCAACUCGACCAACAGCAGUACGAGCGACUGCAGGAAAAUGAUCAAGCGCAACAAGAAAUGCAACGGCGCAACAACGCGUACGCUUUCGAAUCGUUGGAAAAGGCUUUCGCCACUUCAGUACCGCACAAGAUCAGAACAACCAAAGACUUGGAACAGUCGAAAGACUCCGCUGCCACCGCUACCGUCGGGGAUCAGUUACCGUGGUCGUGGGCCAAAGACAUAAUGUUACAGAAACCCGUGUUGAAAAAAUCGUCGCAAGAAGUCGUUUGAUUUGACUAUUUCCAGUCCGUGGACAUAGCGAUUAGAUUUUUUCAGAACGUUUAUUUUCCCUUCUCUCUUUUUAUUUAAAAUUAAAAAAAUCAAAAAAUUAUCCAUGAACUCAAAACCACGUAAAAGCGUUGCUCUCUCGUGCACUUCUCUCAGUGUCAAUUAUUUAAAGUGAAUAAAUCGUACAAGAUAUUUAAUUUUAAUAUUAAUAUUGUUAAUAUUAUUAUUUAUUAUUAUUAUUACUAAUAUUUAUUAAUAUUAAUAAAUAUUUGUAUUUCAAUUCAGCAUUUUUUUUAUAUUUAUAUUAUCAAUAAAUAAUUUUUAUGUUCUCGACGAUUUAUUCUAUUGAGUUAUGGUGGUCUUUGCGUUCUUAUACGAUUGCUCUAUGUAUUAGCCUAAUAUUAGAAAAUUAACGAACAUAAUGAACAAAUCAAAUCGGUACAAUAUAAAAGAAAAUAAUAAGCAGAACGAAAAUUAAUGUUAUUUUUAAUCGUUUUA